AACAACACGAAAACAUUGCACAGUGUCCUUCUUUAGCGGCCCAGAACAUCAAGGCCAUCCAGAACAUGAAGGGAGCUGACGUCGAUCAUAUACAUAACGCCUGGCUGUUAUCCCAGCCCCAAGCGCGACAAGCGCCUUUACCCGCCGGCUAUUUCUACAUCCCUGUGCCCAGCAGCCCGGAGAUGGCCUUCCAAGCGAAACAUCACUGUUACUUGGGUCAAUGCAACGCUAUCUGUAACAUGAUGUGUGGCCACUUUGUCGUUUUGAACUUUGACUUAUGAGUGUCGCACGAACCCUUCCAUAUGCUUUUCCAAUGACAACUUCCACCCCCUACCAAUAACUUCAAAGGUCAAAAUGGGCUCUUCCAGCGCGACAACCCGUUUGACAUGGACGCCGUUUGUUUUCUCUCUACUCUUACUGGCCACGGCAGGGUGCGGUCAUAAAGCAAACGCCCACGAGCUUCCCCUCUCCACUCAUCCAUUACUUCGACUGCAAUGCCCAAACCUCACCCUCUUCCAUCGCCAUGCGACAUCAACUCAUACAGCAACUUGUCCCGUCCCUGGCCUUCUAGGAAUCUUCCCCGAUCUCAAUACCGAUAGCAACACCAAUAACCUCAACCUGCCCUGGUCCUUCCCGCCCAAAUGCAUGACUCUCGCGUCUUCAUCGAAGAAAUCCUCCCCUGCGUCAUCUUAUCAGUCAGCAUCAUCUGUGUCGUCCACUUCGUCAGCCUCAUCUGCGUACUCCUCUUCAUCGUCUUCCUUAUCUGCAUCUGCCUCUCUUGAAAACGACGAAUCCAGAGGAAAGGAAAUACCAUACUGCUUGUUUACCUCCCAGCCAUUCCGCAACGGCCACGGAACCAGCCUCAUUGUGUCUCCCAACACGGCGUCACACCUGCUUGGAUUAGGAGUAUUCGAAGAUCGCCCACCACCGUGGAAAUGGAUCCGCCAAUCUAGCCGUUCCCGCUCCAACGAACAGCAAAGGACAAAUCUCGCCUACAGAAUCAUCAACGUUGCGGGAAAGGGGAAGGGGGUAGUUGCCACGAGACCCAUCAAACAGGGAGAAAUCAUCAUGGUCGACUAUCCCGCGCUGCUGAUUAGCGAGGAGUUCCUACGGGAGACGGGAAGAGAGGGUAAAGGGCACUUGAGACGGAGGAUGGUCAAACGCGCCAUUGAACAGUUGCCGGAGAUUACGAGAGAGAAAGUGUGGGGGUUGAUGAGGGGACCAGGGAAGUAUGAGGUUGAUGCGAUCAUGGGGGUCAACCUAAAGGGAUUAGAAGGCGUUGGUUCGGGCGCGAACUCGGCAUUGGCACUGUUGGAGGAACCAAGGACGGAAGAGCACGGGGAGAGCUAUGCGGCGGAGGGGGUGAUGGGGUUGUUUGCUGAGGUUGCGCGGAUCAACCACUCCUGCCGACCAAACGCUCGCCUGCGAUUUGUCGAGAACCGAGCUACCAUGGAAGUCAUAUCCUACCGUCCCAUCUCUCCGGGGGAGGAGAUUUCUAUCAGCUAUACCGCCCUUACCCUCUCCCCCUCCGACCGCCACCAUUUCCUCAAGCAAAACCACCAAUUCACCUGCCACUGUCCCCUUUGCACCUCCCUCUCCGAUGACCCCUCAGCCAAAACUCUCACCGCGGAGUCCCACUCCCGCCGCACCCACCUCCAAGAAGUGUUCGAUACGAUGCUCCACGCCAAAGGCGAAGGUUUCUACCAAGACGCUAUCAACAUCUUGAAGGAUUGGCUCGACUUUGCAGAGGUGGAAGGACUGCUACCCUUGAUGGGGGAAUAUCACGGGACUAUGGCUGAACUGUAUCUCCUGUUGGCAGAACGGGGUAGCCCUGGGGAUAAAGAGGUGGAUAGAGAAGGAGCGCUCAGGCAGGCGUUGAGGGAGGCGAGGAUGGCGGUUGAUGCGUGGGUGAAGUUGCGGAGUGUUGACGGUAGGAAGACGGAGGAAGCGAGGGUGUUUCUUGAGAAGGUCUUCAAGUUGAAAGAAAGAAGGGGGAAGGGAAAAUGAUGGUUUUAUGAAGAGAGUUUGGCGGAGUGAGUGAUGAGAGAGUGUCCAUGUCGACGAUGGAACAAGAUGUGCCAAGCGGUUGUGGACAUGGGUCAGGAUAGCCCUGUCAGCGGUCUUUGACCCCCCGUUCAGCAUUCUAUCCACGAAACCACCAACCUCUCUUUUGCAUGCAAAGCUUCUCCAGUUCCAAAAGGUAUCAUUCCCAGCUUCCUAUUUCGAUACAGGUACCGACAAUAACAUCAAUGAUAAGCCCUCUGCUAUGCAAAUGUUCAGCACGUGUCAGCAACCAACCCGGACCAGCCAAUCGCAUUGAUCAAUUGCAGCACGCAUGGUGCCAAGCUUCUUGUUGCCAUCUUGGAAUCUCAUCCUAGGCUGCAAGGAUUCGCUC